AUGGAAUCGUGGCAGUUUGGAGAAGUCUCAGCAACCAUUAACUUGAGAGCACCGGAAUGCAUUAAUUCCGACGAAGAAGAAGAACGAAGAGGUAAAGUCAUGGCUGCCGAAAAGCUUAGAGAUUUAAGUCAGCCGAUUGAUGUUCCAUUACUCGACGCCACCGUCGCCGCCUUCUACGGCACCGGAUCCAAGGAAGAGAGAGCUGCCGCCGAUCAUAUUUUGAGGGAUUUACAAAACAACCCCGACACGUGGCUUCAAGUGGUUCACAUUCUAUCAAGCACAAAACAGUUAAACACAAAGUUUUUCUCUUUGCAAGUCCUGGAAAGUGUCAUUAGAUAUAGAUGGAAUUCAUUGCCAGCUGAACAAAGAGACGGGAUGAAAAACUACAUCUCCGAUGAAAUCGUAAAGAUCUCAGGGAACGAGGCUUCGUUCCGCUCCGAAAGACUCUAUCUCAACAAGCUAAACGUGAUCUUGGUUCAGAUUUUGAAGCAUGAGUGGCCAACUCGGUGGCCGAGUUUCAUCCCUGAUUUAGUUUCCACUGCGAAAACCAGCGUCACGAUUUGCGAAAACUGUAUGGUUAUAUUAAAGCUUUUAAGCGAAGAGGUUUUCGAUUUCUCCUACGGAGAAAUGACUCAACAAAAGAUUCAAGAGCUUAAGCAAUCUUUCAACACCGAAUUCCAGCUUAUUCAUGAGCUAUGCUUGUACGUUGUUCUCUCAGCAUCUGAGAGAAUUGAACUCAUCAGGGCUACAUUGGCUACAUUACAGGCUUUUCUUUCAUGGAUUCCUCUUGGGUAUAUAUUUCUUUCACCCCUCCUGGAAACACUUCUUAAAUUUUUCCCUGUUCCCGAGUAUCGAAAUCUCGCACUCGAAUGUUUGAUUGAGGUUGCUGCCCUGAAUUUUGGGAACGGUUACAAUGCACAAUAUGUUGAGAUGUACAAUGUUUUUGGGGCUCAACUUCAGACCAUUCUGCCGCUUAAUAACCUAAAUAUAGCCGAAGCUUAUGCUAUUGGUAGUGCUGAGGAUCAGGUUUUUGUUCAGAAUUUGGCAUUGUUUCUCACAACAUUCUUCAAGUUUCAUAUUCGGGUUUUAGAGCCACAAAACGGCGGUUCUCUGUUACUAGGGCUUGAGUAUCUCAUUAAUAUCUCAUAUGUGGAUGACACAGAAGUGUUUAAGGUUUGUUUAGACUACUGGAACUCGCUAGUUUCGGAUCUGUUUGAGUUAGACUACAAUUCGGACCAUCCAGCUGUAACUGCCAGUAUGAUGGGACUGGAGACGCCGUUGAUCCAGCCAGGGGUAGCUGUUGAUGGCCUUGGAACACAGGUGAUGCAUAGAAGGCAGCUUUAUGUUGGGCCCAUGUCAAAGUUGAGGUCACUGAUGAUUUCGAGAAUGGCGAAACCCGAAGAGGUUUUGAUUGUAGAAGAUGAGAAUGGGAAUAUUGUUCGCGAAACCUUGAAGGAAAACGAUGUUCUUGCGCAAUACAAGAGCAUGAGGGAGACUCUAAUAUAUUUAUCUCAUCUUGAUCAGGAAGACACCGAAAAACAGAUGCUAAUGAAGUUGAGUGAGCAGCUCAAUGGUGAAGAAGACUGGAGUUGGAACAACCUGAAUACUCUAUGUUGGGCAAUAGGAUCUAUAUCCGGGUCCAUGAUGGAUGAAAAGGAAACUGUAUUUGUUUUGAGGGUGAUUCAUAACUUGUUGAAACUCCAUGAAAUUAAGAAUGGCAAAGACAACAAAGCUGUGAUUGCCAGUAAUAUAAUGUAUGUGGUUGGUCAAUAUCCAAGAUUCCUCAGGGCUCAAUGGAGGUUUCUGAAAAUAGUUGUAAAUAAGUUAUUCGAGUUCAUGCACGAGACCCAUCCUGGAAUUCAGGACAUGGCCUGCGACACUUUCUCGAAGAUUGCUCAGAAAUGCAAGAGGAAAUUUGUUAUUGUCCAACCUGGAGAAACUGAACCCUUUGUGUCUGAACUCUUGACAACUCUUCUUCCACCAGCGAUCGCUGAUCUCGAGCCGCAUCAGAUUCAUACAUUUUAUAACUCUGUUGGUCACAUGAUUCGAGCUGAAACCGACCCAAAGAAAAGGGAUGAAUAUUUGCAGCGAUUGAUGCAGCUUCCUAAUCAAAGAUGGAAUGAAAUCAUAGCGCAAGCUCGUCAUAGUAGUGUCGAUUUCUUGAAAGAUGAAGGGGUUAUUAAGGUGGUGCUGAAUAUUUUGCAGACUAAUACUAGUGUUGCGAGUUCGGUUGGGAAGUAUUUCUUGUCUCAAAUAUCUCUAAUCUUUCUGGACAUGCUCAAUGUGUAUAGAAUGUAUAGUGAACUUAUAUCUAUCGGCAUUGCGCAAGGAGGGCCGAAAGCCUCUAAGACGUCGAUUGUGAAACUCCUGAGAUCAGUAAAGAGGGAAACACUUAAACUCAUUGAGACCUUUUUAGACAAGGCUGAAAAUCAGGCACAGAUUGCGAAGCAAUUUGUUCCCCCAAUGAUGGAUCCUAUACUAGGUGAUUAUGCCCGGAAUUUGCCUGAUGCUAGAGAGUCGGAAGUUCUAUCGCUUUUCGCGACAAUCAUAAACAGGUAUAGAUGUAAAAUGACAGAAGAUAUUCCUCGGAUUUUCGAAGCUGUUUUCCAAUGUACUUUGGAGAUGAUUACUAAGAACUUUGAGGAUUAUCCUGAACAUCGGCUCAAGUUUUUCUCGUUGCUUCGCGCCAUUGCUAAGCACUGUUUUCCAGCCCUGAUUCGCUUGUCGAGUGAGCAACUUAAGCUUGUGAUGGAUUCCAUUUUCUGGGCUUUCCGGCAUACUGAAAGGAAUAUAGCUGAAACUGGAUUGACUCUUUUAUAUGAGAUGCUCAAGAACUUCCAGGCCUCCGAGUUCUGCAAUCAAUUCUACCUAGUAUAUUUCUUAAUGAUUGAACAAGAUAUAUUUGCGGUUCUAACAGACACAUUUCAUAAGCCAGGGUUCAAAUUGCACGUUUUAGUUCUGCAGCAUUUGUUCUGCCUCGUAGAAUCAGGUUCGUUAACGGAGCCAUUGUGGGACGCUUCCAUAGUUUCUUAUCCGAAUAAUGGAAUGUUUGUACGCGAAAAUACCAUUAAACUUUUGAGUACAUCGUUUCCAAAUAUGAUCGCAGCUGAGGUUGUGCAACUUGUGAACGGACUUUUCGAAACAAGGACCGAUCUCUCGAAAUUUAAGCAUCACAUGAGAGACUUCCUUGUGCAAUCGAGAGAAUUUUCAGCUCAGGACAACAAGGAUCUUUACGCGGAAGAAGCCGCCCUGCAACGACAAAAAGAGAGGCAGCGGAUGCUGUCCAUUCCAGGGUUGAUUGCGCCGAAUGAGAUCCAAGACGAGAUGGCGGACUCAUAGUAGUAGACUAGCAGGACUUAGGUUUAUGUAGGAGGAAAUCCUGUGGUUGCAUCAGGCUUAAUUUAAUUUGCUUGAUAUAGAUAGAUAGGAGAGGCUGCUUGAGUUCGAUUCCC